AUGAAGAAGCGCUACGUGGUGCUGGUCCUGGCGGCCAUCGUGCUGAUCCUGGUCAUCAUCAGCCUGAGCCUCUGGCUGCCCGCCGCCUCCCAGCCGCCCAGCCACGUGUACCCCAGGGCCGCCGUGGCCGCGGACGCCCAGCCCUGCUCGGAGAUCGGGAGGGACGCGCUGCGGGAGGGAGGCUCAGCGGUGGACGCCGCCAUCGCGGCGCUGCUGUGCGUGGGGCUCGUGAACGCCCACAGCAUGGGCAUCGGCGGCGGCCUGUUCCUCACCGUCUACGACAGCGCCACCCGGAAGGCCGAGGUCAUCAACGCCCGGGAGGUAGCCCCGGCGAAGGCAUGGGCCGGCAUGUUCAGCAGCCCGGAGCAGGCGCAGGCAGGGGGGCUGUCGGUGGCCGUCCCCGGCGAGAUCCGCGGCUACGAGCUGGCGCACCGGCGGCACGGCCGGCUGCCCUGGGCCCGCCUCUUCCAGCCCAGCAUCCAGCUGGCCCGCCGCGGCUUCCGCGUGGGCAAGGGCCUGGCGGCCGCCCUGCAGAGGAGCCGGGCCGCCAUUGAGCGGGACCCCGCCCUGUGGUACGUGUUCUGCCGGGCCGGCCGGGUGCUGCGGGAGGGGGACACGGUGGCCAUGCCCCGGCUGGCCGACACCUACGCCACGCUGGCCGCCGAGGGCCCCGGCGCCUUCUACAACGGGAGCCUCACCGCCCAGAUCGUGCGGGACGUCCAGGCGGCCGGGGGCAUCCUGACCGCCCAGGACCUGAACGACUACCGGGCGGAGCUGAUCGAGCAGCCGCUGAGCAUCCGCCUGGGGGACCGGCGGCUCUACGUGCCCAGCGCCCCCCUCAGCGGGCCCGUGCUGGCCCUCAUCCUCAACAUUCUCAAGGGGUACAACUUCUCGCCGGCGAGCGUGGCGACGCCCGAGCAGAAGGGCCUGACCUACCACCGCAUCGUGGAGGCCUUCCGCUUCGCCUUCGCCAAGAGGACGCUGCUCGGGGACCCCAAGUUUGUGGACGUGACCGAGGUGGUCAGGAACAUGAGCUCCGAGCUCUUCGCGGCCCAGCUGCGCGGCCGCAUCUCCGACCGCAGCACCCAGCCGGCCGCCUACUACCAGCCUGACUUCUACAGCCCGGACGACGGCGGCACCGCCCACCUGUCCGUGGUGGCCGAGGACGGCAGCGCCGUGGCCGCCACCAGCACCAUCAACCUCUACUUCGGGUCCAAGGUGCUGUCCCCGGUCAGCGGGAUCCUGUUCAACGAUGAGAUGGACGACUUCAGCUCCCCCAACAUCACCAACCAGUUCGGGGUGCCCCCCUCGCCCGCCAACUUCAUCCAGCCCGGGAAGCAGCCGCUCUCCUCCAUGUGCCCCGCCAUAGUGGUGGACCCGGACGGCCGCGUCAGCCUGGUGGUGGGCGCCUCUGGGGGCACACAGAUCACCACGGCCACCGCGCUGGCCAUCAUCUACAACCUAUGGUUCGGCUACGACGUGAAGAGGGCAGUGGAGGAGCCCCGGCUGCACAACCAGCUGCUGCCCAACACCACCACGCUGGAGCGCGGCAUGGACCCGGCGGUGACCGCGGGCCUGCAGAGCCGGCACCACCACACCCAGGAGGUGUCCACCUUCAUCGCUGUGGUGCAGGCCAUCGCCCGCACGGAUGCUGGCUGGGCGGCCGCCUCGGACUCCAGGAAGGGCGGGGAGCCGGCGGGCUACUGA